GCUAAAUGACGAGUUAAUGGGUGCAGUACACCAACAUGUCACAUGUAUACAUAUGUAACAAACCUGCACAUUGUGCACAUGUACCCUAAAACGUAAAGUAUAAUAACAACAAAAAAAAGACAGGUGUAAGAAAUUAUAAAAGUAUUAAUUUUGGGAACUGAUAAAUGUCCAUGAAAUCUUCACAAUUUAUGUUCCUCUGCUGCAGUUCCAGCCAGUCCCUCCAUUCGGGGUCCCUGACUUCCCACAACAACACACUUCAUGGGGGGACAUAGGGUGAACUACUACACUUCACCAACCAGCCAGGUCACAUUCCACACAUCAAGCUCCGAGAGGGACGGCAGAUGGUCAUCCUCCAGGUCCAGAGCUAUGCCCACUGGCAGGACAUCACCAGGCACCGCAUGGAGGUGAUCAGCAACUUUUCCCAGCAGCACUUCCUCGGGGAGGUGGAUUACCUUGUGUGUGCAGAUGUGGACAUGAAGUUCAACAACCGUGUGAGUGUGGAGAUCCUCUCUUCCCUGUUUGCCACUAUCCAUCCUGGCUUCUGUGGGUUCCAUCGGGACACCUUUGCCUAUGAAUGCCAGCCUCAGUCCCAAGCCCAUUUUCCUGAGGGUGAAGGGGACUUUUAUUAUAUAGGGGCCUUAUUUGGUGGGUCAGUGCUGGAGGUUUACAGGCUGAUCAUGGCCUGUCACCAGGUGAUGAUGACUGACCAAGCCAACCACAUCGAGGCCCUGUGGCAUGACGAAAGCCACUUAAACAAGUACCUGCUUAACCACAAACCCACUCUCCCUUGAGUACAUGUGGGAUUAAAAAGUCGAUGGAGUAUACGUUGGAUGAAUACCUGGUGGGUUUGUGCACCAUGAUAAACUGCAAGAGAUUUGUGGUCUUGGUAAAUAACAAUGAGGAAAUGUGAACUGAUGAGGGAAGCUUCCAGAAAGAGACCAGAGAGGGGGUGAUUGCCAGUCAGCCCGAAUC